UUUCGCACAGCUGUUUUAUAUUGACAUUUCUAAUUGUAGUGCUCCAAAAAACAAAAACCAAAGUGUUUAAGAUUGUUGAGAAAUGGAGGAAAGUAAUCAUGAAAACGAAAUACUUCCUGCAUUAUCUUUUAGCCAGAAGUUAACCAACGCGAAUUUACAAACACCUGAACCAACCGAAAUCUCAUGUCUCCAGUGCAGUCGUGUUUACCAGUUUCCGGCAGACAAAGAUGAUUACCUCGCACACCUGUUUUUGGAGCACCGAUUGGUUAUAGCCGAUGUGGAGGAUAUACCAUUAUUGGAAGAAUAUUUGAAAUUUUGGCUUAAAGAAUUCACAGGCCAGGAAUUGGAGGAAUACUGCACCACAAUGCUACUAGAUCAAUUGCCCGAUGGCACACCUGCGAAAAAUGAAAGAUAUUAUUUACUGAGUGAUAUACUACCAAAAGAUUACGAACUGCGUCAUAAUCUACAGAAAGAUCACUUGGAACGUGCACUCGCUCAGCAUCAGUUCGAAUUAACAGAUCGUAGUUUUACAAAGGAAUGUCUCUAUUGUCGUGAUAUUAUUACUGGUUUGCGUUCCGAUUUUCUGGAACACUUAUUCAAUAAACACUUCUUACAAUUAGGUAAACCCGAAAAUCUGGUUUAUAUAGAUGAGCUGCUGGCGAAAGUGCAAAAGAAUCUUGAAAAUUUGGUGUGUCUCUACUGUGCGAAGGUUUUCAAAGAUCGCUCCACUUUGAAAGAGCACAUGCGUAAAAAAGCGCAUAAACGUAUUAAUCCUAAUAAUCGUGAUUAUGAUCGUUUCUUUCUGCUAAACUAUCGCAAUAAGAAACCACACAAUAAACCAACAGUUGUGAAAAAGAAAACCGAGCGCAGACGGAAAGUACAAGAAGAAACAGUAGCAGAAGUGCGCUCACCCGAAUUGGCGACCUCGCCAGAAGCUGAUUUUGAGCAACGUUUUCCUGUGCGUAGCCAGAGUGACGCAAGUGAUUCAGACUGGUCUGAUUGGGAUGAAGAUAUGGGAAAGAUGUCGCCCUUCAAUUGUCUGUAUUGUAAACACAAAGAAGACAAAUUCGAAGCACUCAAGAAACAUAUGCUAGCCACACAUAUCGUAGACUUUGACGCCGCGCUAAAAGGGCUGAAUUUUUAUGAGAAAAUUAAAGUUGUCAACUAUGUGCGACGGCAAAUAUGUCUCAUGCGUUGUGUUAGCUGCAAUUUACGUUGUGAAGAUGAGGAACAAUUACUACAGCAUAUGGAAACAGAGAAACAUUUUGGUUGUGGCACUAAAAAGCAAUGGGAUAAACCCGAAUAUUUCUUCCCCACUUACGAAGAUGACAGUCUUUUAUGUGUACUUGAUGAUAGUCCCAAUGAUGAUAUGGAUGAUGGAGUGGUGCGUAUUAUUUCUGAAGACACCGUUGCGCAGAUAAAUAAAGAUGCUGAACGGCUGUCUUUAGAGAACUUUCAAUACGCGUAAUGUAGCAUAAUUUUUAUAGUAACUCACACAUUUUAAAUGAGAUUCAAAAUCAAAAAAGUGGUUAUUUGUAUACAACAAAA